AUGGGCAAAACACUUUCAUCUCCCGUGAUUACUGGAUCCUUGGGUAUCGCCAAGUCACCACUAUCAACCCGGCGCCAGACAUGUGAUACUCUGAUUUGGGAGCACACCAAAUCUAGGGUUUACUCCGUUAAAUCUGGUUACCACGUUAGUCUCUCUUCAACCUCCCCACCUGAUAUCCCUUCUUCUUCAGCCCCUUCGCCUUGGUGGAAAAAUCUCUGGCAUCUUAAUAUCCCGCCUAAGCGCACUCUCCUACCUGUGAUUGGUGUGGAACCCAUGUUGAGUCUGUUUCUCAUGCUCUAUUCUUCUGCAAGAGUGUUCGAAGAGUCUGGAAAGGAGGAUGUAGAAUCCUUUCUAUGUGUUGUUUGGCUCAUUUGGAAUAACAGGAACAGGGCUCUCAGAAGACAACCUCAGAACCAGACUCAUGCUAUAGUGAAUCUUGCGAAUUGUUUUUUGGCGGAAUACAAAUCAGCAGCUUCAACUCAAAACCCUCAGAUUUAUGCGAGCAGAACCCCCUCGGCCACUUCUUGGACACCUCCAGAUCCCAGUCGCUUAAAACUGAAUGUGGACGCUGCAGUUCCAAAGGAUUCAUCAAAGGUUGGCUUUGGAGGAGUCAUUCAAAACAGUGAUGGUUUAGUGGUAGCAGCAGUGGCGUCAUCUUAUGCAGGGGGAGGGGACGUUUCUACUCUGGAAGCUAAAUCUCUUCUCCUCUCUCUGCGUUGGUGCAUCGAAGAGAGCUUUCCCCAUUCAACGUGUGGAAACGGAUCGUAA